GUUGAAGUUACCAAUUUAGCCCUAUCUCCUGAAAGAACCCGAUAAGGCUAUCAUCAUAUUUCUGUCAAAGAGGAUAACAGAAUAAACAACAGAGCAAAAACCAAGAAAGAAAUCUUGAAUCUUGAAGACAUGGCGAUGUCUUGUGUAUCAUCCGUUUGUACAACAUUUGGAGCACAGAGUACAAGAGCUUCACUCCCUUUCAUCAAUGCUUCAAGAAGCUCAGUUUCCCUAAAACCAGUUGCAGCUCUUGCUUCAAAUGCAUCAUCAUCUGGGAUUCUUCACUGUUCAUUUGUAUCUUCUUCGCUUUCUUUUUCAUCUUCAUCUUCAUCUGCAUUUGCAGGUUCAUCUUUGGGAUUGGAUUUUAGCUCUGGGAGUGGGACAGAACCACAAAAACGGCGUAGUUUGGUGGUGAGGGCUGGGAAAAAGUUUCAACUUGCUCAAACAAAGAGGAACAGGUCCCGAAAAUCUUUAGCCCGGACUCAUGGUUUUCGUUUAAGAAUGAGGACUACAAGUGGAAGAGCUUUGUUGAAGCGCAGAAGAGCCAAGGGGAGAUGGAUACUCUGCACUAAAUCUAACCCUAGUAGCGGAAAACGUGCUUAAGUGAGUGAGUUGCUACUUCAGGUCACCCUUGCAGACCUUUGUUAAUGACAUUUUGCUUCAUUUGUGUAAUUGUAUUAAUUUCAAGUUAGUUCAGCUACUCAAACAUUCUCUUUUGUCACUAUUUCUUAAGCAAUAUAUCCCAAUAUCUGUGAAAUUUAUUAGUUUUGAA